AUGUUACUCUCGCCACAGAAGUAUGUGUUGGUGUGCUUCGUUACUUUUACUGCACUUUCUGUUUCAACAAGGCAACAAUCACGCACCGAUUGCCAGUCCAGUACUUGUGGAACCGUCAGAAUAGAGUACUCAUUUGGGACCUCUUCUGAUUGUGUCGACGAAGGAAAGUUUCUCCUAAGACGAUGUGAUGAGAAGGAGCAAAAGUUGUUUUUGAACAGCUCAAACUUAGAAGUUCUCCGCAUCUCCUUCCACGACGACGGAGAAGUAGAGGUACUUAUGGACGUUCUUUCCCUAUGCAACCACAAGGAAAGAGAUGGUGGACACAAGGUUCUUAAAAACCUCCGCAACGUCACAAGGUUUCCUGUGAUACUUGAUUGGACAUUGAAAGAAGGAACAUGCCAACAGGCUGAAAACACAAGCUUUUGUGGAGAGAAUAGCAAAUGCACCAAUACUACAACCAAUUUUUGGUAUACUUGCACAUGUCUAGAGGGGUUUGAAGGGAAUCCCUUCGUGCAACAUGGCUGCAAAGACAUGGAUGAGUUCCAACCAAAUGUUAAAUCUUGCGGGGAGGAUCAAACCUGCAAGAAAGUUGAUGGAGUCUUCCGGUGCAAGAAAAAAAAGGAAUCGGUAACAAUCAUUCUUCCUUGGCCUGACCGGUUGAUAAUUGCGGCAGAAAUCGCUGAGACUUUAUCAUACCUCCACUUCUUUGCUCCUGUCCCAAUAGUCCACGGCGACAUCAAACCUGAAAAUAUUCUUUUAACUCAGACCUUGACUGUGAAGCUAUGUGAUUUUUGGGCCUCUAGGCAGGUUCCCAACAACACAGGCCAGCUCACGACCCUUGUUCAGGGUACGUGGGUUACCUCGAUCCGGAGUAUCUCCGAAAAAAGUGACGUUUAUAGUUUUGGUGUUGUCUUGCUAGAAAUGGUUUCGGGCCAAAAGGCAUUGACCUUUAACCCAUCACACGGGGAGAGGGUUUUGGUCAAUCAUAUAGACGCCGCGUUCAAAGAAAAUCGCCUAAGUGAGGUGAUGGAUCAGAGGGUGGUGACUGCUGAUAAUCAGGCAGUGAUCCACCAAGUAGCUCUUCUAGGGAUGAGCUGCACCAAAAUGUGUGGAGUUGAACGGCCAGACAUGAGGAAAGUGGCUGAAGAUCUUCGAGGUUUACAAGCUUCAAGGCAAGUUGUGCAACAUGAGGCGGGUCCAUCUGCGCUUUCGAAAUCGAGGAGAUCGAGUAGAUAUUUUGUCUUUGUUUGA